GGGGCACCUGGUCGAGGCCCACCCCUCUGCCCACUCUCAUAACACCGCCUCCUCCACACACCCGGCACUGCUGUCUCCGCCUCCUCCGGAACCGGGUAGUCGCCGCCGAGAGAAGAGAGCCCCAACGGAGCUGGUCAGAGUCUGACCUGAGCCCGAGCCCGAGCCCGAGCCUGAGGUCACCAGCCGGACUUCAGCAACCCGCGCCUUUGCGCCCAGCCCCGCGGGCUCCCGGGCCCCCGGCUCCCGGGUCCGCGCACCCCACCCCGCCCCCGUACCCCCAGCCUCCCGGCCCCUUGGUCCCGCGGCCUCUGUGCCCCCGGAGCCACCGGAGCCCCCGGAGCCCGGCGCCCGGGUCCCCGGGCCGGGCGGCAGAACGAUGUUUCCCAAGGAGACUGCGUGGAACAUCUCGUUCGCCGGCUGCGGCUUCCUCGGUGUCUAUCACAUCGGCGUGGCCAGCUGCCUUCGAGAGCACGCACCCUUCCUGGUGGCCAAUGCCCGCCGCAUCUACGGCGCGUCUGCGGGUGCGCUUACCGCCACCGCGCUGGUCACCGGCGCCUGUCUGGGUGAGGCUGGUGCCAACAUCAUCGAGGUGUCCAAGGAGGCAAGGAAGCGAUUCCUGGGGCCCCUGCAUCCCUCUUUCAACCUGGUGAAGAUCAUUCGUGGGUGCCUCCUGAAAACCCUGCCAGACGAUGCCCAUGAGCAUGCCAAUGGGCGCCUGGGCAUCUCCCUGACACGUGUGUCAGAUGGCGAGAAUGUGCUUCUGUCCCAUUUCAACUCUAAGGAGGAGCUUGUCCAGGCUAACGUCUGCAGUACCUUCAUUCCGGUAUACUGUGGGCUCAUCCCACCGACCCUGCAGGGUGUGCGCUACGUGGAUGGUGGAAUUUCGGACAACCUGCCCCUCUAUGAGCUAAAGAACACGAUCACCGUGUCCCCAUUCUCAGGGGAGAGUGACAUCUGCCCCCAGGACAGCUCUACCAACAUCCACGAGCUUCGGGUCACCAACACCAGCAUCCAGUUCAACCUUAGAAAUCUCUACCGGCUCUCCAAGGCCCUCUUCCCCCCAGAUCCGCUGGUGCUGAGGGAGAUGUGCAAACAAGGAUAUAAGGAUGGCCUUCGCUUUCUUCGGCGGAAUGGUCUCCUGAACCGCCCCAACCCACUGCUGGCACUGCCCCCUUCUGGGAAGGCUCCAGCCCCAGAACAGGAGGAGGAAGAAGAGGAUAGGGAGAAGGGGGAGACAUUGGUGGCUCAGGAAGCAGUGGUCCGAGCCCAGGUCAGGCAGGGCGAGCUGCCUGUGGGGAAUAGAGGCCCUGCUGAAGACCAUAUCCUGGAGCAUCUCCCAGCAAGGCUCAACGAAGCCCUGCUGGAGGCCUGUGUGGAGCCCAAGGACUUGAUGAGCGUCCUCUCCAACAUGCUCCCUGUCCGACUAGCCACUGCUAUGAUGGUACCCUAUACCCUGCCUCUGGAGAGUGCUGUGUCUUUCACCAUCCGCUUGCUGGAGUGGCUCCCUGAUGUCCCAGAGGACAUUCGGUGGAUGAAGGAGCAGACUGGAAGCAUCUGCCAGUACCUGGUGAUGAGAGCCAAGAGGAAGCUGGGCAGCCACCUUUGUACAAGGUUCACUGACCCUCUGGAGCUGCGUCGGGCACAGUCUCUGCCCUCAGUACCCAUGUCCUUUUACGGAGAUGCCCUGCCUCGAUGGAUGCGUAACAAUUUGUCCCUAGGAGAAGCUAUGGCCAAAUGGGAGGAGUACCAGCGCCAGCUUCUGCUGGGCCUCUUUUGUACCAAUGUGGCCUUUCCCCCAGAUGCCCUCCGAAUGAAGCCCACCCCCACAGGGUCCCCUGCCCUCCCCCACCAUUGAGAGCCCUGGGGCUCCCCCCAGCACUCCCUUCCCCACUUGGAUUCAGUCCCAAGGUCCCCCCUUUGCUGAGGACCUGGGUCUCUCCUAGUGAGGGAGGGAGGCUAAGUCUCCCUUAGACAAUACUUAUUCAUUGUGGGCCUAGGUCCCAGGCUUGGUGCUUCUAGACAGGAGCAGGCAGCAGGACUUGUGGGGGUUAAGGGUGGAUGAACAGAGACUUGACUAAAAGCACGUGGGGAUGAGUUUGCACAUCUGGGAGGACAUUCCAUCCUCGAUCCUGACUCCUCCCCCUCUCAUUUACUCCCAGGGAGGCAGGGCCUGCCCCGUGACUCUGGAUCCCCCAGGUGCCUCAGCUCAAUCCCCUGAGCAUUCUGUGCCCAAAGUGGGCUGAAUCCAGGGGCUUCCUUCCUGAGUACUGGAGGGCUGCUGUUUGGGAGUAGGAAUCAUGGGGUGGGGGCUGUGCCUUAUCUCCCUCGCCUUUCCCCCCUGGCCUCAGCCAGCGUUUUGGAGCUUUAGGCCUUCCAAGUAAGCAGAAGUGUCUGGUGUCUGGCCCUGCCUGGGGGGGGAGGGGGGGGCUCGGGGAGUGGUGUUGGCUGGACCUUGGGAAGAGGUGGGGCUAGGGUGAAUAUAUGGCCACCCCCCAGGAGCAGUAUUAUCCCUGCUUGUGCCUGCUCCCUGCAUUUUACUGAAGAAUGUAUGCAGAAUUAUUUAUUUUGGUGAAAAUAGAUGUACUAAUAAAGGCUAGAGCCCAGGCCUGCUGCUUCAUUCAUGGGCCCAGAGCAGGACCUGACUUCAAA